GCGACUCAGUCUACGCUCAAGGACGUAGGGAGACGAAGGUUGGUUGCUCGUGCUGUGUGUUUCUGUUUCGUUCUCAGGGUUUUCGGAAAGAAAACGCUUAUCAUAUUUGCAGAUGUCUCUCGAACGUGUUUGUUUGUUUGCAAGGGAACAGUUUCAAUAAACAUUCGACGUUUUUGUGUGCGUGUGGGUUUAUCAGUGACACUCGAACAGCGCGCAUGUAGGAAAACACUCCGUGGCCCUGGAUAAGUCGCUGGUGGUGCAGAGCUGAAGAUGAUCCGGCAUCACCGACGCCUCCUCGUCGUCCUAACUGUGACGUCGCUGUGGCCUUGUGUCUUCGCCGAUUUCCGCUUCAUUUCGUACGAAGACCUCCUGCCGACUGCAGACCGCUUCACCGACGCUGGAGUAUCGGCGUUCGACCAGCUUCUUUUCGACGUCUUGAGGGACCAAGUCGUCGUGGGAGCCAGGGACACGCUGUACCGAUUGUCGCUCAGCGGCCUAACGCAGCUGGAGAAGGCAACAUGGCUGGCGCCACCCGACAAGGUGGAGCUGUGUCAGAACAAGGGCCAGGCCGAGGCGAGUUGUCACAACUUCGUGAAGGUGCUUCUGGCGAGCGGCAAGAGGAUCUUCUCGUGUGGCACCAACGCCUUCUCGCCCCAGUGUUCCUGGAGGGCGAUAGAGAACGUGGACAGUGUCCUUCAGUGGGUCCGAGGGGUGGCGCGCUGCCCCUACAGCCCCGAAGCCAACGUCACCGCGCUGUUGACUGCCUCGGGGCACUACUUCAUCGGGAGUCCCAUGGACUUCUCCGGAGCCGAUCCGGCGAUAUCCCGGAGCGUGGCUGGAGUCGGCGGCUCCACGACCCGGACGAAGCAGUUCGACAGCAAGUGGCUUAAUGAUCCGCAGUUCGUCGGCUCGUUCGAGACGUCGAGCUACGUCUACUUCUUGUUCCGGGAGAGUGCCGUGGAGUACAUCAACUGUGGAAAGAUCGUCUACUCGCGCAUUGCCCGCAUUUGCAAGAAUGACAGCGGAGGACAGCUGAUGCUGAAGGAUAGCUGGACCACUUUUGUGAAGGCUCGCCUGAAUUGUUCAAUUCCUGGAGAGUACCCUUUCUAUUUCGACGAGAUUCAGGGAAUGGCGUACGUGGAGUCCGAGGAGAUGGUGUACGCCACUUUCACCACCCCCACCAACAGCAUCCCGGGAUCAGCAAUCUGUGCCUUCAACAUGUCUUCAAUAGCUGCUGCCUUCUCGGGCCCAUUCAAACAUCAGGAGCACCCUGGUUCAGCAUGGGAACGCCAUGUUUCACCACACAAGCGCCACUUUGAGUGCCAGUCAGAUUCAUCCCAGAGCCACGCCCAUCAGUUACUGGACUCCAACCGGUACCAGUUGAUGGACAGUGCGGUCCAACCGGCUACACUUAGCCCUCUGUACGUUGGACGUCUGGAGACUCUGACGCACAUUUCUGUUGACGUGUUACCCACAAAACUGCACCGGGCUGUCCACGUGUUGUACGUGGCUACAGCCGAUGGCCUAGUAAAGAAAAUAUCAGUUUUGCCACGAACGCAGGAGACGUGUGUCGUGGAGAUAUGGAAGCCAUUUCCAGGAGACAUCCCCGUUCCUAUCAAAGCACUUCACUACCUCAAAGAGACAGAGUCCGUUUACGUUGGCACGGAGGACAGUGUGAUGCGCGUACCGGCACAGCAUUGUGGCAGGUUGCACAGCCGAGUGGCUUGUCAGAACUCCAUGGACCCUUACUGCGGAUGGAAUGAACUGAAAGAACAGUGCACGACCGCACCCAACCAUGACGCGCUGUCAGGCUACUGGAAGCAGAGUGUCACACAGUGUCCUGUACUGAUAGACCCCGUGGAUGGUGGCUGGAGCAGCUGGUCAAGUUGGUUCCCCUGCUCUUACCAGUCGGACUCAGGUUCAGUCUCUGGAGUGGAUCAGUGUCGUUGCCGAACCAGGCAGUGUAAUAACCCGCCGCCUCAAAAUGGUGGCGCGCCUUGCGCAGGAAUUGCAAUAGCUGUUACGAACUGUACAGUGCAUGGUGGCUGGACUGCGUGGUCCAGUUGGUCUGCCUGUUCCCAGAGUUGUGGCUUAGCCGUGAAGACGCAGCGACGGACUUGUGGCAAUCCUGCGCCAGCACAUGGCGGGAGAGUGUGUGUCGGACAGGACCGCAAUGAAAUCUACUGUACUUCCAAUCCGCCAUGCCCGGCAAUGACUCCACAACCACGUGAUGGUCAGUGGGGUUCAUGGGGCCCAUGGGAUGAGUGUUCAUCUCAGUGUGGGGGUGGAUACAGAAUACGCAGACGAAGGUGCGACAACCCUGCCCCACAGGAUGGAGGCCAAGACUGCCAGGGUUGCCACUUGGACUAUGAACAGUGCAACGCACACGCGUGUUCUGAUGCUAAGCGGCUCUCUUCGUGGACACCGUGGCUGGCAACGAAUGCCACAGCUACCGCUGCCGGGUACACGGAGAGGCGGUUCCGAUUUUCUUGUCGGGCCCCUGUUGCUGAUCCUGCAUUCAUUAAACUGGCCCAAGCAAAGGAGGAGGAGAGAUUCUGUCAAGCUGAUGGGAACUGUCUUCGCACAGGACGAGGAGACGCAGACGAUAUCUGGUCUGAGUGGUCCAACUGGUCCGAUUGUUCUGUAGAAUGUGGUGGUGGACACAGGCAUCGGACUCGGACUUGUGAGGGUAGGGCCGACGAGUGCGAAGGGCCUUCACAUAUGUCUAGUAAUUGCAACUCUGAGAAAUGCAAAGGAGAAUGGAGCUGUUGGACUGAGUGGUCUGGCUGCUCUGUGACAUGUGGUCAGGGGGUAAGGCGGCGCACUCGUCAGUGCCUCGGUGUCGGUAACCGUGGAGUCGCUGGCUCAGGGUGUGAAGGGCCAGCUACAGGAGAAGAGCCCUGUGAAGCCGUCAGCUGUGAAUCAUUGCUUGGUUGGGAACCGUGGUCGGUGUGGUCACUGUGUGACGACAAUGCGGAACAACACCGACGCAGGAAGUGUCUGACAACAAAUCCAGGGCCCCACUUUUGUCAAAGUCAUGACCAAGAGACCAGAAUGUGUGUAUUUCCAGACGCAAAUGAUCUCAACCAACUUGGGGUUCGUAGUAGACCAGAUCCAGACGGAUCCAUUGGACCUGUGCUGGGAUGGAGUGCGGCAUCAUUUCUUUUUGGUUUGGCUCUGAUGGGCACUGCGUGUUACCUGUACUUUCGCCGCCAGCGCCCAAGAAUACCGGGCAGUCCGCACUAUAUUUCAUCCAAGCAGAACCCGUAUGUUACUGUCCCACUGAAGGAUGUUGGAAGCCACCACACCAAACGUGCUCCGUCUUUCUCGUCUUCUACCAGUAGUAGUAAUGGGACGGCGCCGGGAACCCAUAAGUCUUCAAACGGAGGCACAGGUAUCUCUAUAGGGACACCCAAAUUAUUUGCUAAACCUCUUCUAGAAUAUGAAACUGCUACAAUCAAAAGGAAUAGUCAUAAUUUAGUAAAUGGACAUAUUCGUGCAGAUUUAGAUCAGGACAAGUUUUUCUGGUUUAGUAAACAUCAAAUUGAUAGAAUGUCUCGUGCAAGCAAUUUGAGUAAGAGACUUCAGAAGCUGAGGUCGGCCAUGAAAAAUGUUAUAUGUGUGAGCGAGCCUCUACAAGCAUAUAUUAUUCCAUCAGAAGAUGCCCACCAGAAUGAGUACUUGGCCAACUGUGACCAGCGAAGAGCUUACAUCUCUGGCUUCACUGGUUCUGCUGGAACUGCGGUCGUCACAGAAAAUGAGGCGUGUAUGUGGACAGAUGGGCGGUACUUCCUGCAGGCUUCUGAAGAAAUGGACAAGGACUGGACCCUUAUGAAAGAAGGCGUCUCUAGCACCCCAACACAGGCGGCGUGGCUGGUCAAAGCCUUGCCUUCAGGAUCUCGCGUCGGUGCGGACCCAGACCUCGUGUCGUAUAGCGCGUGGAAACCUCUCCAGACGCAGCUGCAGGUGGCGGGUCUCGCCCUGGUUCCCAUUACCCCGAACCUCAUCGACCUCAUCUGGGAGGACAGGCCACCUGCCCCAUGCAACAUUAUACAGCCUCUGUCUGUCAAGUACUCGGGCAAAACAAGCAACGCCAAAGUGAAUGAGGUACGAGCUGAAAUGAAGGAAAAGGAAGCAAGGCUCCUGGUGGUCUCUGCCCUCGAUGAAAUUGCCUGGCUACUCAAUUUGAGGGGCUCAGACAUCGCGUACAACCCGGUCUUCUUUGCUUACGUGGUUGUCUCCAUGAGCGAAGUUCACUUCUUUGUCGAUGAAGCAAAACUCACGCCGGCGGUCUAUAACCACUUCAACGAAGAAAACUUGCAAGUUGUUAUUCGUCCGUACGAGAAGCUACAGUCAUUUCUUACUGAUCAGAUUACAGGCCAAAACGGAAAAAUUUGGGUCAGUCCAGACUCCAGCUACACUCUCUCAGCAGUUGUUCCAGAGAAGAUCCGCGUAGGAGAGGUGACGCCUAUCGCUGUCAUGAAGGCUAUAAAGAACGCUGUUGAAAUCCAAGGUAUGGUCAAUGCCCACAUUCGGGACGCUGCGGCCGUCUGCUGCUACUUUGCGUGGCUUGAGAAGGAGGUUGUGAAGGGCGUUGUUACCGAGUGCUCGGGCGCAGAGAAGCUCGAACAGUUCAGGAGGGAACAAGAAGACUUUGUGGGUCCGAGUUUUGCGACUAUAUCGUCCGUGGGACCUCAUGCUGCUAUCGUUCACUAUGCGCCGUCCGCAGAGACAGAUGCACAGAUAACGACGCACGAAGUGUACCUGUGUGAUUCUGGUGGUCAGUACAAGGACGGUACCACGGAUAUCACGAGAACCAUCCAUCUUGGAACGCCUUCGCAGUAUGAGAAGGAGUGCUUCACACGAGUUUUUAAAGGACAGUGCUUCUUUGCUACGACUCUCUUCCCAUCAAAGACCAAGGGAAACUGUCUGGACUCCUUGGCUAGGAAGUUCCUGUGGGAUGUAGGACUAGACUACAUGCAUGGAACUGGUCACGGCAUUGGAAUGUACCUGAACGUGCAUGAGGGACCUAUGGGAGUUUCAUGGAAGGUCUAUCCAAAUGACCCUGGUCUUCAGGAAGGAAUGUUCAUUUCAGAUGAACCUGGGUAUUACGAAGACGGAAAAUUUGGCUGUCGCAUAGAAGACAUUGUGCGAGUGGUUGCAGCCAAGCCACCUUACACGUUCAAAAACCGAACUUUCCUUACUUUUGAGAAAGUAUCGUUGGUUCCAAUCCAGACAAAAAUGUUGGUGCCCGAAAUCCUCACCGAAAACGAGAUCAAACAUUUGAAUGAAUAUCACGGCCGAUGCCGUGAGGUUGUGGGUCCGCUCCUUAAGAAGAUGGGCCACCACGAGGCUUUAGAAUGGCUCUACCGAGAAACUGAACCGAUCGGCUAACAUUAUCAAGUUUUGUACAUAAACAAAAGUGUUCUGGGCGACGGCUUGCGAGCCAUUGGAAGUCGUUGACUGUGUUUAUGCACGUGAGGAUCACAGAUUCCAUGUGCAGAUUUUUUAUGUAGCAGUUUUUAGAAUUUCAGUAGCCAGGAUUUACAUGAUUAUGGGUUUUCUAAUUGCGCAAGAGUGGAAGAACUACGUUUGUCAGUGUAAGAUUUCGGACUCUGAAGCCAAGCAGAGGAUAUCGGAUACCACGAGUAACGCGGAGAAAUGUGGAAUCUGAAUGUGUCUGCAUUCUCAGAUUCUUAUUGUUAAAUGAAUGUCGUUCUUGCAAUGGGAGAUUAAAAUAUAAUGUGCAAAAUACCACGGAA